CGUCCACAGUCCGACACAGAACUGUUCUUACAACAGUCCACAUGUGACAUGCCCACUUUUUUUUCAUCUCUGAUGAUUUGUAAAGUGCAUGGAGCCUUUAUGUGCGAUUGGACUGCACUGGGAAAAACUGUUUAAAAACUCAGGUCUUGGCUGAUCGUGUGAUGCAAAUCCUACAGUCUGAUUCCAACUAAUUUUAUAAGCAAAAUGAGUUGUUGGCACUGAACAGUUUUUCCCUAAAGGUAGGGAUAAAUGGGGAAUUCAAAGCCUGCACUGAGACAAACGAGGCUUGGCACUACACGUGAGAAAUGAGGAGCGAGAGGUGAGAUGGGUGCGGAAGAGAGGGAAAAUGAGUGUGGGAGGGAAUUUUGUUCAGGAGUGAGAAUGACUGGGAAGAAAAAGGAGAGGGUGGGAGGGAAAGACGGUAAGAUAAGAAAAGAGAGGUGGUGAGAGAGAGAGAGAGAGAGAGAGAGUAAGAGAUGGGCAGGGAGGUAUAAAGAGAGGGAGGGAGUGAUAUAAGAGAGGCAGCCAUAGAAGGAGAGGUGACAGUAGAUUCUCCUCAUCUCUGCCAGCCUCACCAUGCUCAUGCUGCAGCUGUUGACUGUUAUCUCCCUGACUGUUAUCCUUCUCAUAUCUGUGGAAGGUAAAGGCGUGCAGAUGCAGAGGGACGUCCAGUGCUGUAUGUUGUACUCCCACGGCAAGGUGCGUACCAAAGAUGUGCUGCGGUUCGAGGUGCAGACGGAGGGGCCAGACUGCAGCAUACAAGCCCUCAUUCUUUACACCAAGAAAGCGGUGAAGUGUGCGGACCCCAGAGACAGGAAGGUGAAGAGGUUGCUCAGAAAACUGCUGAUGAGACAAAGAACCAAGACUCACCGAACCAUGUGGCUCCUUCCCCGUGACAACCUGCCUGUGAUGUCAGAGGACAAGAAGGAUAACUGGGCAGUUUUCAGCGUGGACGGAUAAAGUGGAUGGCAACUCGUAGUCAUAAGCCAAGUAAAAGCUGAGCAGCUUGUCUCCGUAACAUGGCAAAGCUUGCUGUCUCUCAAGUUGUCUCCUUCUCUUAACACUCCCUCUUCUCCCCGGGACCAGAUCGUGCGGCAAUACAUAUUUGAAUGGCUUUAGAUAUUUCAAUAUGAACUGUGCUUGAAAUAAUCCCAAACGUGCGGCUGGAUCAGUCUCAACAGAGGAGUACAUCUUGUAAAAUAAGCUAAAAUGUUUUUUUGGUUUUUUUUUAUGGCUCAUACUGUUAUUUGCCAGAGUCUGCCUGAAAGUGUCUACCUUAACUAGUCGUGGCUGGUGUGAAACAAGUACAUAAGCAGUAAUAAUAAUAAUAUUGUAUAUCAACAAGAUACUCAGUGCUUAUUUGUGACUUGUAAACAUUCAUUCAUGUGUAACGACAUGAUGCAGUAGAUGGGGUUUUACUGUGUGGGGAAACAUCCUGCUCUUUGGUACAGUAGCUGUCUGAGGUUUUUAAACGGUUCUUCUCUAUCUGACUGUUACACAUUUCCACUCUUGGUCACGUUAGCGACCGAUCGGUUCACCUUUGUGUCGUAGCUGUUGAGGAGCUGUGUACAGAUUAGGCCCUCAGUCCACUGUUUGACAUCAUCACCCUGCAGUUUAUACAAUGUGUCUUUUUUCAGCCACAGUCCAUGACGAAAGGAAGCCAAAGUAUUAAUGAUUCAGACCACAACAUGGCACAGCUGUUAACACUGAGGGCUUAGCUGUGUGUGCGACACACACUGACACACACACACACACGUGUUGUAGAAGAAUGUACUUUAUGUUUAAAGACAGUAAACCUGCUGAGCUAUUUUAUAAAUUAUUCUGACAUAAUAACUUCAAAGUGUGUGGUCGGAGUUUUUUUUUUCGUCGUGUGUCUCAAUGUCUUAUAGCUGAGUUAUUCUCAGAUUAUAGAUUAAUUAAAAACGAUGUCACCUUUCACUUUACGAGUUAGCAAAAAUUAGCUCUUAACAAAUGUUAGCAUGCUGUAUGCUAACGUACAAUGUAAACAGAAUCCGUGUUGAUAUAUAGAUUGAAUAUAUUACAUGUACAGUUGAGAAAAAAAUUAUAAUAAUUAUAGCUAUAAUUACUAUGAUGAUGUGACCGUUUUUUUAAUCAAAGUGCAGAGCUCCACUCUUCUGUGGUGCUGCAUUCACACAGUAAUUUAAAAGUUGACGUGUAAACGUGUUGUUCAGAUGUUUGUAUUAUGACCGCCACUGAAGUCCCCCUCCGUUUACACUCCUCUUCUCUAACUUCGGGCCCUUUGAGUUGUAUUACUGCCACCUACAGGAGGCGUCCUGGUAGCAGAUGGAUGCUGAACUCAGUUACUAAACUUUCUGAGGCUCCAUUAAAUGAGUAAGUUUUUCUUUGUUUUUUUAUACCAUUGUUUGUUUUAUUUUAUAAUUAUUUCAUAAAAUACUUUUUAACAGGGUUAAAAACAAAUUGACGCCAGAUUUACAAAGUCUGGAGAAAGAAACAUUAUCCAGAGGUUGGCCGGAAAAUUGGAAAACUUGUGAGGAUGGAAGGAACUAUGGAGAAGGAAGAAACUCAGACCAUCAAAGACAACUCAGGUAAUUAAAGCUAAACUGGACCAUCACUGGUUAGUGUUCCAGAAUGUCAUGGAACCUUUGAAGCAUACUUCAAAGCUGGUAAAGAAAUGUCUCCGAGUGGCUAAUGUGAAGGCCAGCUGGUCAACUCCCUGAAAUACUGUCUUGGAGAUGAAUGUGUUUACUGUAAAGUAUAAGAUUGGACAAAAGACCAAAUCAGAAGGAAAUGCUGAGAAUAUUAUGAAAUAGAUAAUUGGCUUAUUGCAGUUGCAGGAACACCACUGAUGACCUUUAGCUCAACAAUUGCUGUUAGGAAACAAAAUGUAAUUUUAUUAAUAACCCCUAGCAACAGGAGGAAAAUUAUUAUUAACAUUUCCAACAUCUUAUGGUGAAAACAAGAUGAACUCCUGACAUUGAACAAAUGAAGCCGAUGGUAGAACGAUGGUAGUGUCCGAGAGAGACAUCCUCCACCAGGGGUAGCUACAAACACAAUAAUGAGAGGCAGAGAUCACUUCCUGAGCCAUUUAUUUGUCACAUUUAUCACCAACAAGCAGUCCAUCGAAAGUGUUGAGCCAAAGAAUACUUUUUACUGAAAUAACAUCAAGCAUAGAAAUCCAAGGGAAGCCUCUUUACUAUCACGGACGUGGCACAAAGUCAUUAGAACUUUCAGUUUAACGAUGCUGUAAAAAGCUGUCUCUUUCUCACACAACACUGGAGCACACUCUCCUGUGAGACACUGACAAGCAUAACGCAAAGUGUAAAUUCAAUUUUCUGAAGGCAUUCACUAGGUUUUCACACUACUGUUCACACAACAAGUAUUCAGUAUUCCAUUCAGUAUUCCAUUCCAAUAUUCCAGACUCCUGUGUCAUGCAGGGUUUUAUACACAUGUGGAUAUAUAUGGAAAAAAUAAAUUGUAACAUUUGUAAAUUUCAGUUUUUAAGAUAAUUUUUUUUGGCAAAUCAUUGUUUUCAUUUCAUUUUAUUUUAUUUUUUUAAUUUAAUCCCACUAAAAAAACACCUAAAAUACUAAAAAUGUCACCUCCAAAAAUCCUGAAACAGAGUAAAAAUGAUAAAUAUAUGUAGAGUCAACAACUGUAGAUAUUAUUACUGUCAAUAUAAAGUUCAGUCCGAUGCCAAGGUUUCAAAGCAACAUCACAUUAAUUACUAAAAAUAGUCACAAAUCUUAAAUAUGUAUAAGAAAGCAACACAUGUGAAGACAUU